CCAGUCGGAGCUCGUAUUUUUUCUCCAAGUUCCCAGUUGUUUUGAACAGACUAAAUUCGGAGAUUUCCGAGUCCCAAACUCCCAGUGGUUUUGAACGCGGCAUUACUCUGCCCAAAAUCUGUCCACGAAGUGACGGAUUCUUGUAUGGAGGUCUGUGUCUGUGAGACAGUGUCGAAUUUGGUCGAGCAAAAAAUGUAACUGCUAAUUUUCCACGUGAGGCUUAUUUGAUCGAAUACACGUUUCGUAAUUGUGAGGUUGUUACGAAUGCACUAUAUAAGUGGCCGCACGUGGCGUUUCGGCAAUUUGGGAAAAAACUACUACAUUUAUAUUGGAGCUGUGCGUGUUGUUCACUCGCGUAUCUUCCCUUUCUGAUUGGCUAGAAUGGUCCCACCUGAUAUUGACUCCUCCCGUUUGCCUUCCAUCUUUGAGGACAUGUAUUUCCAUUUUUCAGUCAUUUGUUAGAGCAGCUACUCGACUAUCUUGUCAAUAUAAUAGAUCAUCUUCGGUUCAGUCAAAAAACUGGAGCUUUGACGUCACACCACUAUUUUCCGCAGGAUUAAAGAUGGCUCCGCAUCAUGUACUAAAGUGCUGUCAACGGAGUUUAGCUUGGAUACCUGUUAUUUUCAUCAACCUGGUCGUUGGCUGGUCUUAUUAUGCAUACGUCGUGGAACUCUGUAUCUUUACAAUCCCAAAUAAUGCAGAAAAAAUAUCAUACCUGGUUGUCUUCCACCUGUUCUUCAUCAUGUUUAUCUGGUCCUACUGGAAGACUAUCUGCAGUAGGCCUGCCAGCCCCUCUAAAGAGUUUUGUCUGGCCAAAGUGGAGAAGGAGCAGUAUGAGAAGGAGCAGUCAGACGCUCAGCAGGACAUCCUGAAGAAAGCGGCCAUAGGAUUGCCUGUCUACACACGCACUGGGACCGGAGCCGUCCGGUACUGUGAACACUGUCAGGUGAUCAAACCCGACCGCUGCCACCACUGCUCCACCUGUGACAUGUGUGUACUGAAGAUGGAUCAUCACUGUCCAUGGGUGAAUAACUGUGUUGGAUUUUCGAACUACAAGUUCUUUGUCUUGUUUCUGGCCUACUCCAUGCUGUAUUGUGUGUUUAUCGCUGCUACUGUCUUGCAGUAUUUCAUCAAAUUCUGGACACAUUGCCGAAGGAGAUCUGUUGGGGAUUGUCCUCAGAAUCAGCUGCCCGACACUCACGCCAAAUUCCACGUGUUGUUUCUGUUUUUUGUGGCGGCAAUGUUCUUCAUCAGCAUCCUGUCGCUUUUCAGCUACCAUCUCUGGCUUGUGGGAAAGAACAGGACCACCAUAGAGGCUUUCAGGGCUCCUGUCUUCAGAAAUGGCCCAGACAAAAAUGGCUUCUCUCUGGGCUUCAGUAGGAACGUGGUGGAGGUGUUUGGAGACCAGAAGAAGUACUGGAUGUUUCCCAUCUACACCAGUCAUGGUGAUGGACACAGUUUUGUCACCCGGUUGCUGACCUUAGAUCCUGAGCAAAUAGCUGUGGGCCUCCAGAUCAACGGCAAAAGCUCUGUAGAUGGUCUGGCAAGCCCCAAGCACAUCCUUGGCAACAACAUUAACCACAUUGAGGGCCAUCAGGAUGACGUAGCCCAGACGGUAACUGUGACCAUGGAGACUGAAUCAUAGACAGAAACCAGCCUUUUAUCACAUGCAGUACCCCUACUACCAUGGACAAAAUGUCAAGUAAACGCUCUCGAAUAGCCGCCAUCCUUUCUAUUGUCGUUCUUAUGACCACCAAACAGCAUCCCUGUUACCAUGGACAAACCCUGGACUGUCAUGGACACGACAUCUGUCACCAGAGCUUUAAUCAGCUUUCAGUUUCCAUCCUCACCAAACACAUGCAGAUGCGUUUUCUUUGUUGCUAACCAAAAACGCACAACAAUAUUUUUUUGGUAACUAUUAUUAAUCUCUGGAACUGCUCUGUUUUUCAAGCCAAAAAAAGAAUACUCUUUGCACUAGGUCAGAUAAGUGCAGGAAAAGAAUACUCUUUGCACUAAGUCAGAUAAGUGCAGGAAAAGAAUACUCUUUGCACUAGGUCAGAUAAGUGCAGGAAAAUAAUACUCUUAGCACUAGGUCAGAUAAGUGCAGGAAAAUAAUUGCUUUACAGUUAUACGCCUCCGUCAAAUCAGUAUUCACUUGCUUUAUUGGGAAAAAUGAAGAGGUCACUGUGUCUUAGCACAGAAAAUGUGUUAGUGGCUUUGAUUUGAUUAAACCCAGAGGAUACAAUGUUGUGUCUUGAGGCCCUGAAGGUCAUGAGCACUACUGUCUCAGUUGAUUGUAGCGUGUGUGUACUGUAUGCACUUUACACUUGAAUCCUGUGACUGGUGCUAAGCAUAUCCAUUGAUUUCAAUAGGACAGUAGGUUUAUACGAACCACGGCUUUGUAGGACCCUAUGCCUCACCCAAAAUCCUCUCCUGCUCUGUAUCAUCGGAACUUAAAUGUGCAUUGUGCCUUCAGGACAGUAUGGAAGAACAAAGGUAUAGUACAGUGCCAUAGUUGACCGUAGCAUGGUGUAAUAACUUUACAAUUUAUAUAGAUGGAAAUGGAACCCGGAGAGCAUUUUUGUUUACAAUUUUACGGGCCAAAUCCCCACUCAUGUUUUGCACAAUUCCGUGCAUCAGUGAUGAUAUACACUGAGUGUACAAAACAUUAGGAAAGCCUUUCCUAAUAUUGAGUUGCACCCCCCUCAGAACAGCCUCAAUUUGUCGGGGCAUGGACUACAAGGUAUUGAAACUUUUCAACAGGGAUCCUGGUCCAAUUUGACUCCCAAUGCUUCCUACAGUUGUAUCAAGUUGGCUGGGUGUCCUUUGGGUGGUGGACCAUUCUUGAUACACUUGCAAAACAAACUGUUGAGUGUGAAACCCAGCAGCAUUGCAGUUCUUGACACUCAACCAGGCACCUACUACCAUACCCUGUUCAAAGGCUCUUAAAUAUUUUGUCUUGUCCAUUCACCCUCGGAAUGGCACACAUACAUAAUUCAUGUCUCAAGGCUUAAAAAUUCUUCUUUAACCUGUCUCCACCCCUUCAUCUAUACUCAUUGAAGUGGAUUUAACAGGUGACCAACAAGGGACCAUAGCUAUCACCUGGAUUUACCUGGUCAGUCUCAUGUUCCUAAUGUUUUGUACACUCAGUGUAUGUGACCAGGUAGAUUUAUUUAUUUUUUUAAUCAAGAAUUGUUGGGAGUCAACACAGUUUUUUUCAGAGGUGUGAUAUCAGAGGUGUAUAAUUCAUUAACAUUGGACAGCAUUGUUACUCCAUUAAGUAUUUAUUUUCAAGGCUUCUUUUAAGUUGCAGAUUUUCCAUAGUUUAUUUUUGCCAUAUAUUGUUUUCAGAUAUGUAGCGUUUUUUAAACUGAGUUUAUGAAGAUUAAGGUAUCUGUGAAGUCAUCACUUUUGUUCGCGAGAGGGGACUUUUGACACAUUUCACAGGAAAGUGAGAUGAAUUGUUUGAUGUCAGAGUUCUAUCUUUGAGAAUAAGGAAUUGCUAUUUGUGUUCACUUUAUGCAAUUCCUGACUUCUCAAUCGGAUGAAUGGCAUACAUAUGGAGAAAAACGGAAGGCUUUGUACCAUGUUUUUUAAAGCACAUUUUACAUCACAAAUGCUGCUUUCUUUCAUUAUUAUUGCUGUUUUCUUAUUAUUUGAUUGUUUUGUCGUGGACGAUGUACAAUGUUGAGCAUAUACAUAAAUAUUUAAUGUACUGAACCAGCUUUGUUAAUACCAGUAGGCCAGUUUCCAUGUGUAGUAGUCCCUGGGGAAGUUACUGUUCUGCUGUAGUAAAUCAUGCCAGGAUGCUCAUAGACCACCAAGAGGAGGCUAGAGCUAGACAUCAACCUCUCAAUGGACACUUUUUAUUAUUAUUUUUUAAAUCAGAAUAUUUGUGAUCGGGUUUCUCAAUUUCCAACUGACUAUGAUCCAUGUGGUUUUUAGGAGAGUUGUUUUGGAAUUUGCAAGCGGUUUGUUUACUGGAUGCAUAAAUGUUUGUAUAACACCCUAUCGUGGAGGAAUGUAGAGUGAGAGCAUUGUGACUAACCAGAAAUCCUAACUUUCUCAUUUUAAAUGAAUGCCAUAGAGAAGUAUUUUGUGCAUUGUAUAUUCACAAAAUCUGUUGACGGUAAAUCAUGGACCAAUUUCCUGUUUCAUUUUUUUUUUUAAAUAAUAUCUUAUUUUUUUAUUGAAGCUGUUUUGCAUGUUAAGUAUUUUCUCACUAUUUGUACUACCCUGUCAGCCAGUUUUGGUUGUUCAUGUUUUUUUUAAAAUAUAAUCUAAAUGUGGAAAUAAUUUUCACAAAGUUCAAUAAUUGUUUAUUUUGUAGAUGAAUACACUGUAUUAAUGUGUACAUUUUAACAAUAAAUACUGUUUUUAGUGCA